GAAGUCCCGACUGUCAGAACUACACCUGUUCUGGAACCAUAAGGUAAUCACCUAUCAUGUGGAAGGAAAUAGCUGUUAUCCUGGGAGUGUGCCUGGUCCUGGUUUCUGCACGGACGAGCUGUACCGGAGAUACCGAAUGCGGGAAAGGAGAGUGUUGUUACUACCAUGAAGGACCCAUGAUCAUGAGUCGUAAAAGGCAGCUCGCCCAGAUGUCACUGCCACAGGAUCUGAUGAUGAUGCACCAGGGAGGUUACUGUGAACGCUACAAGCUUGUGAACGAGACUUGCAGCGUGUUUGGUAAGAUUAAUGGCCACUGCGAAUGUAGCCCAGGGCUGUCCUGUCAGUUCGUGUCGUCUGGACCCUCUAUCUUAAGUCCUGAUGCUAUUGUUGCCAGCAAGAGGGGCAUGGUUUACCAAGGACCCGGCAGUUACUUGUGUGUACAGCACUGAAUAAACACUUGAUUCAAACAA